ACAUUGUCAUUUUGGCUCCUGCCACAGAGCCGAUCUAACCGCCGGAAAAACUUACCUUUCCCCAACAUUCCAAAUAGUUCCAAAUAAGACCGCUCCUUAUACUGUUGUUCGUCUUUGGUUUGUAUAAUACACACUCUACUUCGAUGGUUUCAUACAAUAAGCUUUCUGCUUGUUGUAUAUCUCACGAGUUCUACAAAGUUGCUACGAACAGCCCAAACAAAAUUGCUGUUAUUCAAGCUUGUGGGGGCCUCAAAUUCGCCAAAGAAUUUCAACUUUUUUGCAACGAAAAUGGCGAUGAAGAGACCAUGGAGAAGUUCAAAGAGUAUAUUUCCUCUAAAAGAACGUCGAUUAAUCCUCCGGUUUAUGAAGGUGAUCAGUGCUUCACGUUUUCUGAUGUUCUAUCCGCCGUUGAUUCUCUCAGUUCACGGCUACGACGCAUUCUUGAUGGUCAUGAUGAUGACCCCAAUCUUGUGAAGCCUUCUUCAGUAGUUAAUAUGCAUCAAACUGCAAAUAACUGCAGUUCUAAGGACCAGAUAGUCGCGGGAUCUUCCAAUCAAGGUUCAGAGCAGUAUACACAGCUCCAUAAAACAUAUAACCCAAAAAUAGUUGGAAUAUAUAUGGAACCGUCAGUUGAGUACAUUGUUUCUGUUCUAUCCGUUUUGAGGUGCGGAGAAGCGUUUCUGCCAUUAGAUCCUUCUUGGCCAAACGAAAGGAUAUUAUCAGUAAUAUCUUCUUCAAAAUCUGAUCUUAUUGUGGGUUAUGGAGCUUCAGUUGACAGAACUUGUCAUCAACUUGAUAAAUUACAGAGGCUCAUUCAUAAAGGUUGUUAUUCUGUUUUUUAUAUGUCAAUGGAGGAUUUCAAUCAAAACAAAUCUGACUCAUUGUUAGUCUGGCCUUGUGAAAGCGAAAGGUCGAGAUCAUUCUGCUACUUGAUGUACACAUCUGGAUCCACUGGAAAACCUAAGGGGGUAUGUGGUACUGAAGUAGGUCUUUUGAACCGCUUUUUGUGGAUGCAAGGAUCAUAUCCCUUUGAAAGAGAAGAAAUCCUUCUUUUCAAAACAUCCAUAAGCUUCAUUGACCAUCUGCAAGAAUUUUUAGGAGCUAUGCUUGCUAAUUGUACGUUAGUCAUACCUCCUUUCAAUCAGCUGAAGGAAAAUAUAUUUUAUGUAGUCAAUCUCUUACAGGACUAUUCUAUUAGCAGGCUCGUGGCAGUUCCAUCUCUUAUAAGGGCGAUUCUUCCUGCUCUGCAGAGCAUGUAUUCUUCUACAACUCAGAUUUCCUUAAAACUUCUAAUGCUUAGUGGUGAAAUUUUUGAUAUGUCGCUGUGGAAGUUGCUUGCCAAGUUGCUACCCCAGACUUCUGUUCUUAAUAUAUAUGGAAGCACAGAGGUUUCCGGUGACUGCACAUAUUUUGACUGCAAGUGGUUGCCCACAAUGCUGAAACAAGAUGCUCUGUGCAGUGUUCCAAUAGGCAUUCCUAUUGACAGUUGUGAUGUGGUUCUUGUUGGAGAAAAUUCUCCUGAUGAGGGAGAGAUAUGUGUCGGUGGAAGUUGUGUAGCUUCUGGAUACUUUAGUCAUCCUUCUAUUUUGCCAUUGGAUAAUGUGGUAUUAUUUGAAGAAAUAGCUGAUGCUAAGAACACUGAAAAUGAAGCGAAGUGUUACUCUAGAACCGGGGAUUUUGGCAGAAAGCUUUCAGAUGGAAACCUGGUUUAUAUUGGGAGAAAUGAUCGUACUGUAAAGAUCAGUGGCCAGCGUAUUGCUUUAGAGGAGGUUGAAAGCGUUCUGAGGGAACACCCACAAGUAGCUGACUCUGCUGUGGUUUCUCGUUGUGUUCAAGGAGAUAUUUUACUUGUUGAAGCAUAUUUACUGCUCAAGCAAAAGGAAAACAACCUUGAGGUCUUCAGGUCCUCAAUUAGAUGCUGGAUGGCCAGCAAACUUCCCCCAGCUAUGGUUCCUGCACAUUUCUACUUUGUUGAAUCUUUUCCAAUGUCUUCUUCAGGGAAAGUGGAUUACAAGAUGUUGACUACUUCUGUAGCGUCUGAGGCAGGCAACCAUAUUGAGAUUGAAGAAACUCAAGAUAUCGAUCUCAUUAAUGUUAUACAAAAGGCUUUUUCUGAUGCUCUGAUGGUUGUUGACAAGAUCUACCUUGAUGAUGACUUCUUUGAGAUGGGCGGCAAUUCUCUAUUAGCAGCUCAUGUCUCCUAUAAUCUAGGAAUUAAUAUGAAGGACUUGUAUGCUUUUCCAACUCCAUUAAAACUUCACAAGGCCAUUCGAUAUAAAAAAGUGUCCUCUAGCAAUGAACUUAUAGCUGAUGCUUUAGUGGGAGGGAAAUUGCAAGUGCUAGAAAAAAACAAGCUUCCUUCUAAUAAAUCUUGGAUAUUUGGUCUAGAUAGCAGAACCUCUUUGAGUUUAACCAGUGAUUAUACCGUUAAACGUUUGAAAACGGAUCCAGAUUUGGAUCUUUAUCCCAAUGAUGUUAAUGGAAGAGAUAUGCAUAAUUCAACUUCACCACAGGUUUCAUGUUCUUACAGCCGAUGCAACAAAGUAAGGCAUGAUGCUGGUUGUAAGGGUUACAAUUGCCGUUCGGUGUUGUCUUGGGAAGUUCCACAUGAUAAAAGAGGUUUCAUGCGAGAACAGUGGAUGGUCUACCUGGAGUCUUGUGUUGAUGCAUCACCACUAGUUGUAUUUAAAGAAAGACGUGUUUAUCUGUUUAUUGGAGCUCACUCCCACAAAUUCUUUUGCAUUGAUGCAACAAGUGGUCUUGUUUUGUGGGAGAUCAAAUUACAAGGGCGUGUUGAGAGUUCUGCAGCAAUUCUAGAUGACUUUUCUCAGGUUAUUGUUGGAUGCUAUGACGGAAACAUUCAUUUUCUGAAUUUUUCAAGUGGCAUCCCUUGUUGGAAGUUUCAAACUCAUGGAGAGGUCAAAUCACAGCCAGUCAUUGACAAAGAGAGGCACUUGGUCUGGUGUGGGUCGCAUGAUCAUAAUCUCUAUGCCCUUGAUUAUGAGAAUCACUGCUGCAUUUAUAAAAUUCGAUGUGGCGGUAGCAUAUUCGGUGCUCCUGCACUUGAUGAGGUACAUGAAAAACUCUAUGUAGCAUCCACUAGUGGCAGAGUAACAGCACUAUUUAUUGGGGCUCUGCCAUUUGGUCAACUAUGGGCACACGAGUUUGGAGUUCCUAUUUUUGGGUCACUUUCAAUCAAUCCAUCAUCUGGAAAUGAUGUCAAUUUCAACAUAGCUUGUGGUGUUGCAGUUAUAUGUUGCAUGGUGGAUGGAAGUGCUGUUACGCUGGAUACUGAGGGAUCUGUCAUUUGGAAGGUGAGUACAACUGGCCCAAUAUUUGCUGGGCCCUGCAUAUCUCGUGCACUACCUGCACAGGUAAUUGUUUGCUCAAGAGAUGGCAGUGUCUACUCCUUUGAUUCGGAAAAAGGUGAUUUAUUCUGGAAGCAUGAUAUUGGACAUCCAAUUACUUCGUCUGCCUAUGUUGAUGAACACUUGUUAUUGGCAUGUAUUGAUUCUUCUCUUUCUCAUAGGUUACUCUGUGUUUGCUCCAGUUCUGGAAGUUUACAUGUUCUUCAAGUCAGCUUGAAUUCUGACGUUUCAAAUCAACCAUGUAAUACGGUGCGGGAAUUUGCGAAGUUUGAACUUGGAGGAGACAUCUUCUCCUCCCCGGUGAUGAUAGGUGGGGAAAUAUUUGUUGGUUGCAGGGAUGACUAUGUGCACUGUAUUAGACUCCAGGAAGAAAUACCAAUAUGAUCUAUUACAUCUUAUCUUUUACAUGCUCGAUCUGUGGGUAUACAAACUCCUCAUUAUCAAAUCAAAUAUUGGGAAAGAUGACAUGCGAAUUAUCUGAGGGUUGGACGAUGGAAGAAUCAAGAUCAUGAGGAAACCACGAGCAUCCUUCUGAUGCAGGAAAUGCUAUGGUGAACUUGAGAAAAGAUCUGAUGAAGUGUGCUUCUUGGUGCACAUUAGGUGCCCUAUGAGAUUUUGUCGAACGUUUUGCAUAGAGAACGGAUGGCUCACACCCAGAAAGAGAAAAGGGGUCGGUGUUUCCUCGGUGAAAGGAAUGGUUAGUUUUUAUAUAUCACCAACAAUUUGAAUUGAAGGAGAUACUCGGUGCAAUAUCAUGAAGAUUGUUUGGAAGGACUAAGUAAUGAAUCAAGUCUCUUUCCAUCGUUGUCGCAACACUCAUUGGUCUUCACCUCAAGUGCUUUCUUCAAUGAAUCCAAGUCUACAUUCGCGGAUAAGAAAUCAAGGACUUGUCAGUAGUUUCAGCUAAUGUGCUCACCGUCCAGCUUCAUUAUGACAGAAAGGUGCUCCACUUAAAUCCUGAUGGAUGUUGCUGCCACAAGGCAAUUUCAUUGUUCUGAGAUAACAAUCAAGUCUUUUUCCAACUAAUGUGCUCACCACCCAGCUCCAUGAUGAUCAAAAAGGGGCUUCACUUAAUAGCCAGAUGGUUGACAUUCUGCUCGUCUUUUGGUUAAGAAGUUCCAAAAGCUAGCUCAUGAGGUAGCAAUUGUCCCAGAUCAUAAAAGUAGAUGAUAACUCAAUUCUCUGAACCAAUGUGGAACAUACUAAUAGCUUCUCCUUCGGCCCGGGGCUGGACCGCUGGAACGUAAACAAUAUUACACGGGGAUCCAGCAUUAGGUAAACUAAGAAAGGGAUGGUUCUUGCUUCUAUCAUUUCAACAAAAUGGAUAGUGGACCCAACUCAAUCUCAAAAUUAGCUUACAAGGUGAGAAUUGUAACAUACUAAUACUUCCAAUUCAUGCUUAACAUAUUCCUGUUUUGAGAUGAUUUAUACCUCAAUGCUUCUUGAUAACACUUGGCCUCAUGCAUCAGAUAGAAUGGACCAUGUGUGACAACCACAUUAAUACACUAAUUUUUUUUCUCUAGAAUGUUGUUGAGUGAAUCAAUUUUAGAGGUAAGUGUUUCCUCUUGAUAACCUAUUUUCUUUUAGAAAAUCAACUUUAUCAGUUGAUUCUUUUUGUAAUUAGCGGCUUGUUCAGACAGCUUCUUUUUUAGUUUUCAUUUCCUUUUUUGUUU